AUGAGCUCGGCAUGCCAGAGUUGGCUUGCAGUUCAUGCAAAGCCACUUGGACUGCUGGAGUUGAGGAAGUUCUUAGGUGUGACUACUGGCCAGCUACACUUCACUUUGCCACAAUCUAUGAAACGGAUGUUUUCUUCUCAUUUGAAGAAUUGAAAAUGGCUGCACCUGGACUGUCCUGUCAGGCAUUUUUAAAAAUGCUCGUUCAGCGAACUGUCCGCUUUGGGCGUACAGGGAAAAUCUCAGGCGAUAGCUUCUUGAAAAGCUUCUUCGAGUGGGAGGCUGUGAGAUAUGAGGUGGACAGCCUCUGCAAGGAGGAGCCCUUCACCUGUCGAGCAUGCAGCCCGGAUAUGCUUGCGGUUUCUGUGGAUGGAAACCGCAAGCAUUACCGCUUCAAAAACGCAGCAAGAUCUGAGGAGCAGGCCAUUUUCAAUGACGUCUUCAUAGCAAAGGAUGAAGACAUCACACGAUUUGUCAACCAUGUUCACAGCACAACAAAACAUGUCUCCGGAAGAGGUGUUUGUGGCGGGGAAUGGUCGGCGGCUCGAGAGACGUCCCAAAAAUCAGCCAGCAAACUGGACGAGGAGGGACUGGAGCUGGCUGUUUGUCGUCAUGGAGUCCUCCUCUGUGCCCUCAACAUGUACAGGGGAGAAAUCUUUGCCUAUCCCCUUUUUCUCCAGGAAAAGCUGGCCAGUAGUAGGCCUACAUUCUUUUGCAUGGAUGUAGCCUGCAAGUACUGGCCAUACCUGCAGAAAAUCAUCAAAAGCUGCCCCGAGUUUCAACAUCUGCUGGAAAUGAAGCCCUUCCUCUCGGUGUUUCAUGCAAAAGCCCAUGAUUUUAAAUGUGAAAUCAAAUGGAGUGGAGCAUUCCUGGAGGGGGCUGGGUUAACACUUGGGGAGGAGGUGGAACAAGUGAAUGCCUUCGUCUCUAGGAUAGCAGUUACGACAAAGCACAUGUCAAAAGCAGGGCGUAACGACAUGUUGACACUCAUGGCCAUGCGGUGGAAUGAGCAGAAGAUGAAGAACUUGGCCACCUACCUGUCCCGCAGAUAUUUAAAAACCACAAAAGCUCUCGACAUGAAGACAAUGGAAGUGGAGUCGAUGAAGGCCGAGUUGGCAGCAACCGAUGGGCAAUUCGAGGACUGGGUCAGGGAUGUGAAGGUUUGGGCAGAAAGUGAGUAAAUUAUUAGUUGUUGUUUUUCAGAGUUUAUAGCGAACAUUUAUGUCUUAAUCAGUCAUUUGUGUUUUUUUCUUAGUCUCAGAAUUAGUGAUUAC